AUGCGCAAAAAAAUGCGCCCUAGAAGCUAUGGUCAGGGAGGGCAGGAUAUGAGCCUCAAUCGACUAUUCAUUGUCUCCAUCGAAGUUGAUCAAAUGAGCCAGGAACAACAACAAAAACGUGGUUGGGUCUCAUCCGCUGCCAGGAACCCGGGCCAUUACAGGCGCCCACGUGCAAUAAGUGAUGCAUCCAUUGGUCACCGCCAGGGAUUACCAUCUUUCACCACCCGCAACUUCCCAGUCCCCCGGAUGCCAGUUUUCUUCGGACGACAUCUCGAAUCUGAGUCUGGCGAGUCACCGGUACUCCAUCUAGGCAAUCUGCCCCGGCAUGGCGCGUCAAUGGUCCAUGAAGAAAUGACUGGGGUCUUGGAGCGGGGAUCGUCGGUCUUCUCCAUCUCGCUCUCUCCAGCUCCAGCCCUCUUGCUCAUUCUCUCGACAAGCACCUCCGCCAAGAUGAAGGGCCUCGUGCUGUCUUCCGUCCUCGCUCUCGCACCUCUCGCCCUCGCCGCCUGGCCAGAGGCCGAGGGAAAGGACAUCAAGUACACGUCUGUUCCUGGGUACUUUUUGCAGGACGACAACAGCACUGAUCCGACCGGCUUCGACUAUGCCGCGGUCAACUUUGGUCUCAUCAACCGGACGUACCCAACGGACAGGCACUUCGACCCCGAGGGCGUCAAGACCCAAUGGCAGCGUUUCGACCACUGGGUCCAGUACCUGAACUCUGGCUGCCGCAAGAGCGACAGCGUUCAGUACAAGCUGCUCUUCAUGGGCCGCCAUGGUGAGGGCUGGCACAACGCCGCCGAGUCAUUCUACGGCACUCCCGCCUGGAACUGCUACUGGGCCGAGCAAGACGGCAACGCCACCGCACGCUGGGCCGAUCCCCUCCUGACCCCGGCCGGCGCAAACGAAGCUCUCAAGGCAAACGCCUACUUCAAGGACCGCUACGCGACCCAGAAGAUGCCCUACUUCGAGUCCUACUACACCAGCCCCCUGAUCCGCUGCGGCUACACCGCCAAUAUCACCUUUGGCGACAUCCCCAUCCCCGCGGACGAGCACCCCUUCAUCCCCGUCGUCAAGGAAGGCUUCCGCGAGGGCAUGACGGUACACACCUGCAACUGGCGCUCCAACAAGACCUACAUCGCCUCGACCUUUUCGUCUUUCGAAUUCGAGCCCGGGUUCGCGGAAUACGACCCCCUCUGGCGCCGCAACGAGAGCGAGACGAGCGACGCCCAGGACGCGCGGUCGAAGGCCGUGCUGGACGACGUCUUCCGCACCGACGACAAGACGUGGUUGAGCAUCACCAGCCACUCGGGCGAGAUCACCAAGCUCCUGAAGGCGCUGGAUCACCGCGCUUUCCGGCUGUCGACGGGCCAGAUCAUUCCCGUGUUUGUGAAAGCCGAGGUCGUGGCGCCGGUGCCGGUGCCGACGUUUGCGGCGCAUGAGCCGUAUUCCACGUGGGUGUGUUUGCGCGACGACGGCUUCGUCGGGGCUGCUCCCGGCGGCUACGCUUAUGGCGGCAACCCCGGUAGUCGUAAUGUAAUGACGAUUGUGAAUAACAGAGACCGCGACGAGCUCGUUCGAUUGCGCCUCGAAGGAGCCGCCACCAGCCACCAGCUUUUGGCUCAUCCAAAGCGGAUGAACUCCCGGUUGAAGUUUGCGGGAGCGCAUGGUGCGGGAGAGCGGCUGAUCAACGUUGAGCUCAUCUUUUCCAUUCCCGUGGCCCUCUCGGAUUGUAGCCAUCCGGAUAACAAGCCCAACCGCGUGGGUGAAAUGGUGCGGGUGGUGGGAUUCAAGGAUGGUAUGGUCCUUGGCCGGGAGUCCGCUCACCACGUGGGACUCGAGCUUCUGGAAUGUUUCAGGGUCUACGCGGGGAGACCAAGCUGCCUAGGUCUGGGACUGAGACUGAUAGGAAGGCCCGGAGGCUUCCGGGAGGAGAAGGAGGAGGAGGAGAAGGAUCAAGGGAGGGCAUGUGCUGCGUUGUGUGUGUGCCGUGCUCCUGUUGUCGAGUCUGCGCUUUGGGCGCUGGGCGGUGAUGAUCUGCUUGACCCCGGGGAGAUUGACCAAUCGGCAACAUUAUCGUGCUUGAUAUUUAUUUCGGGCAAGGGGGGUUGA